CUUGUUAGCUCUUUACUCCAAUCUGCACCAACAAUUUGCGGCUGAUUUGCUGAAAUCAACUCCAUCAGAAGAAAAAAUGUUCGCUACCACCAAAUCCACUGCUCUCUUCGCUGUCAUCGCCAUUGCUCUACACUGUGUGCUCUUCCCAGCUGUUGAUGGCGUGCCAUCUAUCGGUCAUUAUGGCAAACGUUUUGACACCAUGUCUGGCAUCGACUUCAUUCAAAUUUGUCUCAACAACUGCGCCCAAUGCAAGAAAAUGUUCGGCGACUACUUCCAAGGUCAAGCAUGCGCUGAAUCCUGCCUCAAAUUCAAAGGCAAGGCCAUACCCGACUGCGAGGAUAUCGGUUCUAUUGCACCCUUUCUAAAUGCGCUCGAAUAG